AGUACAUUAAGUUAGGAAAUAAAAUGAAGAUCCAUUCUAUGGACCAAGGAGUAGAACACAUGUUGAUUCUGUCCUCAGAAGGGAAGCCGUUUGAGUACAGCUAUAGCCUAGAACAUGCCAGGUUUCAAAGCGUUUUACAAGAAAAAACUAUAAUUCAGAUUACAUGUGGAGAUUAUCAUUCUCUCGCACUCUCUAAAGGUGGUGAGCUUUUUGCCUGGGGACAGAACUCACAUGGCCAGCUUGGACUCGGGAGGAUUUUUCCGUCAUCCCCCACACCACAGAUUGUGGAGCACCUCGCAGGAGUCCCUCUGGUCCAGAUUUCUGCAGGAGAAGCCCACAGCAUGGCCUUAUCCAUGACCGGAAACGUUUACUCAUGGGGAAAAAAUGACUUUGGACAGCUGGGCCUGGGCCACACUGAGAGUAAAGACUCUCCUUCCCUCUUGAGAGCGCUGGACAGUCAGAAGGUUGACUUCCUCGCUUGUGGUGGCUCUCACACCGCCCUGCUCACACAGGAUGGGCUGGUCUUUACUUUCGGAGCUGGAAAAUAUGGCCAGCUCGGUCACAGUUCCACACGGGAUGAGCUCAGACCCUGCUUGGUGACUGAGCUCCUUGGAAAUAGAGUGACCCAGAUAGCAUGUGGAAGGUGGCACACCCUUGCUUAUGUUUCCGAGUUGGGAAAGGUCUUUGCCUUUGGUUCCGGAAAAAAUGGACAACUAGGAAACUGUGGAACCCAUAAUCAGCCGGUACCAUGUCCCAUGAAGUUAUCGCCAAAUGAAGAACUCAAAUUUGAAAGCCAUACCUCAGGAAAGGAGUUAAUAAUGAUUGCUGGAGGGAACCAAAGCAUUCUGUUCUGGAUAGGAAAAGAGAAUUCUUAUGUUAAUUUGAGGAGGAGAAUUCCCACAUUGAAUGAAGCAACUGUAAAGAGAUGGAUUGCUGAUGUGGGGACCAAGCAGUGGCAGAAUACAAAGAGGGAUAUCCGAGAGAUAUUUUCAUCUCCUGCUUGUCUGAUCGGAAGUUUUUUAGGGAAAAGAAUAGCUACAGAGGCGAUGUCUAUUCAUUUGGAUUUAAAUAAAGCAAGAAACACCUUGAUAGAAUUAACCCAAAAGGACUGGAUUACUAACACGAUAACCACCUGUCUCAGGGAUAAUCUGCUCAAAAACCUUCCAUUUCACUCCUCACACCAAGAAGCUUUAGAAGUGUUCUUCCUUCUCCCGGAAUGUCCCAUGAUGCAUGAUUCUAACAACUGGGAGAGCCUGGUGGUUCCGUUUGCAGAAACUAUUUGUAAAAUGAGUGACCAGUCUUCAGGGAUUCUGGAGGCAUACUGGGCAACUCUACAAGAAUCUGCUUUUAGCAAACUAGUCCAGAUGUUUAAAAGAGCCGUCAUCUCUCAGUUGCAUUAUUGGACUGAAAAUGUUGAGAAUAAUUGUCGUAUUAAAGCUCUCCUAGAAAUGUUGAAAAGACUGCACAGGAUAAACCAGACUAAGUGUCUGCUGCCUCCAAGUGUUUUUGCAGUGAGUGAACUCUCGAACUGGCUCAAUUUUUAUGGGGAAGCAUAUAGGAGAGCCUCUUGGAAAGUGACGCUGGACACUUCAGCGGACAUAGAGUAUUGUGUCAUAUUCAGUCACUUUCCAUUUGUCUUUAAUAUUCUGUCAAAAAUUAAACUACUAUAUGCAGACUCCCUUUUAAAAAUACAGGAAAAAAAAGCUCAAGCUUAUUUGAGGUUGGCUGGACUUUUGGAACAUGGAGAGUCUGAAUUAGAUUUGCUGCCCACCUUUAAUCUAAAAGUCAGACGGAACCACUUGAUUGAGGAUGUUUUGAAUCAGCUAAGUCAAUUUGAGAAGGAAGACCUGCGGAGAGAGUUAUGGGUUUCAUUUAGUGGAGAAAUUGGCUAUGACUUCGGAGGAGUCAGAACGGAGUUCUUCUACUGCCUGUUUGGAGAGAUGACCCGGCCAGAAUACGGGAUGUUCACAUAUCCUGAAGAGGCUUCCUACAUGUGGUUUCCUGCCAAGCCUAAAUUUGAGGAGAAAAGGUACUUCUUCUUUGGGAUUCUUUGUGGACUUUCUCUAUUUAAUUGCAAUGUUGCCAACAUCCCUUUCCCACUGGCACUGUUUAAGAAACUUUUGGACCAGAUACCGUCAUUGGAAGACUUAAAAGAACUUAGUCCUGUUUUGGGAAAGAGUUUGCAAACACUUCUGGAUGAUGAGAGUGAUGACUUUGCAGAAGUCUUUUAUAUCCAUUUUAAUGUGCGUUGGGACAGAAAUGAUGUAGACUUGAUUCCCGACGGAAGUUGCAUUAUUGUUGACCAGACUAACAAGAGAGACUAUGUUUCGAAGUAUGUCGAUUACAUCUUCAACAUCUCUGUCAAGGGGGUUUAUGAAGAAUUUCAGAGAGGAUUUUAUAAAGUGUGUGACAAGGAGAUUAUCAAAUUUUUCUAUCCCGAAGAACUGAAGGACGUGAUUGUUGGCAAUACAGAUUAUGACUGGGAAACAUUUGAAAAGAAUGCAUGCUAUGAACAAGGAUACAAUAGUUCCCAUCCCACCAUAGUGAUGUUUUGGGAAGCUUUACACAAAUUGACUCUGGAGGAAAAGAAAAAGUUCCUUGUAUUUCUUACAGGAACUGACAGAAUACAAAUAAAAGAUGUAAAGGACAUGAAAAUAACAUUUUGCUGUCCUGCACACUUGAAUGAGAGAGAUCCCAUAAGAGCACAGACAUGUUUUAGUAUCCUCUACCUUCCCAAGUACUCCACGAUGGAAAGGGUGGAAGAAGCACUUCAGGCUGCCAUCAACAACAACAGAGGGUUUGGCUGAGCCCCGUCACGUUCUCGGCCUCUGUUUGGAAGUACUUUUAGGAGCAAAUUCAGUAAUUCAAAAAUGAACAUAAAACGUCUUCUUCACUGUU